GUCUUUUGGUAUGGGACCCCAUAUGUAGCCUGUACGUCAGCUUCUGACAGCGCGUAGAUCCAUAAACGCUGUUUCCUGUGCAUGUACGCUGUUUUGUGAUCCGCUUCGACAGGGGACUGUUUACCGAGGUCUUAUUCUCCGGCGCAAUGUGUAACCUCCCUCAACUCCUAGCGUGUAUACUUCUGAUAUCGACGCAUGUGGUGUCCCAAAACAAGAUUUUCAGUGAGGAUGAAGUGCAUAUGACAUCAGAAGGUUCGGAUUGUCGUUGUAAAUGCGUGAUGCGUCCUUUGCCAAGAGAUGCAUGUGUGCGGUUGAAGAGUGGACGUGUGCGAGUGGAGGAUUACUACACCAUAGAAACAGUGAGUUCGGGGGCUGACUGUAGGUGCUCCUGCACUGCUCCACCUUCCUCACUCAACCCCUGUGAAAAUGAAUGGAGAAUGGAGAAACUGAAAAAACAAGCACCCGAACUACUAAAGCUGCAGUCAGUGGUGGACCUGCUGCAUGGAGCUCUGUUCAGUACAGACCUGUUGAAGAUCCACGCCUACAUUAACAAAGUGGUGUCUCAGAUGAACAAUCUGGAGGAGGUUUUCAAGACUAACCUAACCCAGGAAAAGGAGUAUGUGCGAGACAGCAUGGCAGUUUUGACCAACCAGCUGCAACAAUAUGAAAAUUACUCCAACAUCAUGAUUAGCAUAAAGGAAGAGCUAUCCAAUCUGCACCAUUGGGUGCAACAGAAGGAUUCCACUCCUAAAAGCAAGACUGGGUUAUAUUUGCAGGCCGCACUUGGUGGGAAGUUGAAAGACUCCAGCACAUUUCUCACAAAAAAAACUGAGAAAGCAAAAGCACAAGCCAAAACAGCUAAGCUAGUCAAGGCCAAGCAGGAGGGGACUAGUAUACUCCAGCCCAAGAGAGCUGAACCAGCCGGAAAAAGCCAACCCAGUCAGCAACACCCAGGACAUGUCCGUGGCAUCACUUAUUACAAAGCAAGCAAACCAGACCACAACACAGGUCUUGAGGCUGAAUCUGAUGACGCUAACACCAUGCAGGAGGUGAAGGAAGCAAUCAUACUGCCCACCACUCUUGCAACAUACACUAAUGCAACUGCAACAAUAACCACAGCCUCCAGCACUACAGCUACCACAACAACAACUCAAAGCACAACAACCAGCAGUACAAUAGCAAGAGAGGAGCGACCAGCUCCAACCAUCUUGCUAACACUGGAUAACACCAUCAACUACACUCCCACUGCAGCAGAGGUCAUAUGUGAGGGAACAAUAGCGUCUGUGGCCCCACCUGUGAAACAUCACAGCUAUGGCAGGAACGAGGGUGCAUGGAUGAAGGACCCUAUUGCCAAGGACUCCAAAAUCUAUGUCACCAACUAUUACUAUGGCAACAACUUGGUGGAGUUCAGAAACUUGGACAACUUCAAACAAGGUCGUUGGAGUAACCUGUACAAACUACCCUAUAACUGGAUUGGAACUGGUCAUGUGGUGUACAGGGGGGCUUUUUAUUAUAACCGUGCUUUCACCAAGAACAUCAUCAAGUAUGAGCUCCGUCAGCGCUAUGUGGCGGCCUGGAUGCAGCUCCAUGAUGCUGUGUAUGAGGACACCACGCCCUGGAAUUGGAGGGGCCACUCAGACAUUGACUUCGCCGUGGAUGAGAGUGGACUGUGGGUCAUAUAUCCAUCAUCUGAUUAUGACCACUCUGAAGUCAUUGUGGUGGCCAAACUUGACCCCAAUGACCUUUCAGUUCGGAAAGAAACAACAUGGCGAACAGGGCUAAAAAGGAACUCAUAUGGAAACUGCUUUAUUGCCUGUGGUGUUCUGUAUGCUGUUGAUGUGUAUGACCGGCUAGACGCUGAAGUAUUGUAUGCAUAUGACACACACACGGGUGCCGAAGCAUCCCCGGGGUUGCUGUUUGUGAACAAGUAUGCCUUCACCACGCAGAUUGACUAUAAUCCAAAGGAAAAGGUGCUGUAUGCCUGGGACAAUGGACACCAGGUCACCUAUAACAUCACCUUUAUAGAGCAAGAACAGAAAUGACCUCACAAGAAUCACUGGUACCAUCCGCUCCAGACAAACCAAUGACUGCUCCACCCUGUCAGAUUUCUGACUGCCUCACAAAAUCUGACCCUCAGGCUGCUACAGCUGGAUGAUUGGCUGUGUCUAUGUAUGAAUCUCUGUGUGAAUAUAUGUGAGUGCAUAUGAAUAAAAAAGUGAUUUUAUGUGUUUCCUAUGUAAA